UGGUUGCGAGCGGGCGCGAAACCGACGACGAUCGUAGGGCUCCGCUGUUGGACGUGGUACGUGUGUUUUUCCAGUGCGUUACGAGACGUUGCGUUGCGGUGUUUUGGAACUGUGUUCUGAUUCGGUUCUAGGCUGUUUGCAUUCCGUGCGAAGAUUGUGCGUGACGUUAUGAACGCUGCGAAACGUUUUGCGUGUACGUGUGGGAACCGUGGUGUUGUUAUGUUAUGUGAUAAAAAUCCUUAAGGUGCGGGAUUGAAAGAUUUAUGGUGCUGACUGUGGUGUUAGGUGGAGUGCAUUGGAAAAGCUGUGCUGUGUUAAACUGGAAAUCCUGCGGAAAAAUGUGCUGUUAGUUAAACUGUCAGUUGGUGUAAUAGAUCAACAGGAAAUCGUCUUCAUCCAUCCAGUUCAUCGUAUGCUGUGGUCUUUGGUUAGGUUUUCUUAUCGCUUCAUCAUAAGGCCGGCGGCAACGACGACGACGACGUCUACCGGUGUGUCAGAGUGCAACAUCUUCUGGCCGGGCUGCAGUGCAGCGGCAUCCGUGGCGGUCCACCUGAAGUCACCACUGCAAGGCGGCGGGUCAGAACAAGGCGAGACUAAAAUAUCUGAUUUCAAGACGGCAAUCAACGCGCCGCCAAGCAUCGCUGAAAUGCCCCAUACCGGCCAAGCGGGUGUCAACCAGCUGGGAGGAGUCUUCGUCAACGGUCGACCCCUGCCGGACAUUGUCCGACGGCGAAUCGUCGAGCUAGCGUUGAUGGGCGUCCGACCGUGCGACAUUUCCCGGCAGCUUCUCGUGUCUCAUGGAUGUGUAUCGAAAAUUUUGACCCGCUUCUACGAAACAGGAUCGAUACGGCCCGGUUCCAUCGGUGGCAGCAAGACCAAGGUAAGAAGACCGGUACGCCUGCAGCAAGAGGAAACCUUCUUCGCGAGGCAAGUGGCCACGCCGACGGUGGUGAAGAAAAUUCUACGCUUCAAGCAGGAAAAUCCGGGCAUGUUUGCAUGGGAGAUCCGGGAUCAGCUGCUUUCCCAGCGGAUAUGCGACCCCAACACGAUACCCUCGGUCAGCUCGGUGAACCGGAUACUGCGGAACGGUGGCAUGUGGACGGACGACAUGACUUCGAACGAACAAAUGCUCCGCGAAUCGUCCCACUCAUCAUCCGCCUAUAUGCAGUCCAAAGCGAUGUCAUCUCACCCGCUCUACAGUCAAACGCUGGAACAACAUCAAGCCCUGCUCAAUCAGUACCGCUACAGUAUGGCCGGCGUGUCCCCAGAUCACACCCCGAAACAUCCCAACAUGCCCCACCAUCACACCCCGUACGGUUCCCCGCCGGGAGCUCCAGGUCCGAUGGUCCAACGGACCGCGGCUGUCAAUAUCAUUCAGCACGAAAGUCUCCCACCGACCGGAAACUCCAAACCUGCCGAACAUCAUCACCAACAUACGUCACCCCAUCAAACGCAACCCCUAGCAGCGGGACACCAUCAACACCAUCUCGGCAAACCAUCACCCUCGGUCAGCAUGCCCGACCUGAGCUCCCCAAAAGGUGCCGACUCCAAGAGCGAGCCUUCGUCCUCCACCCGCUCAACCCCCACCAGUGGCACUCCGGUGUCAUCGAUCGCACCCACCACCGCCCAGAUGCCAUACCUUCCGAAACAUUGGAUCUGGAACACGAGCCUAUUCUACGCGGCGAACCGUGGAGUGAGCCAGGCCGUACCGGGCUCGGAUCCUUCCAAUGCUACGUCAGCAGCAGCGGCGGCGGCGGCAGCAGCGGCAGCAGCAGCAGCAGCAGCUGCCUUUCCCCACGGAUACUUCACGUACGGUAAUCCGUUCGGUGGUGGAGCAGCAUUCCAGGGACAAAUUGAUCCCAGCUUGCGCAGUGACACGACCGCUUCAAAUGCAUCGUCCUCGCCGGUCCAAAUCACCGACGUUAACAGUGACGAUUCGUCGGAUAACCAUGACGAGCUAAGGACAUCCAUUUCGAAGAAGCGCAAUCCGUACUCCAUCGAGGAGUUGCUGAAGAAACCGGAAAGCAAGAAACAGAAGAUUGACGAUCGUGUUACCAUCACGUGCGUUUCGGAUCCGCCCGGUAAAGCUCACUCGGAUUCGGUGCUCGACGACAAAUACCACUUUCACUGCUCACCGUCCGUAUCGCCGUCCAAGUCGUGUCCCUCACCCUCCGCCACACCGGUCACUACGGGGCGCUGCAAAUCUUCCUCCGACUACCGGUCAUCCUCCUCGCCACAGUCGGUCGGCGAGGACUCUGAAGGCUGCAGCAUCGUGUCGGCCGUCGUACGCUCCAAGCUGACCGAUACCAAUAGUGAAAAUAGUAUCAACAUUGAAAUUUGUGAUUAACUUCUGUUCGGAGGGAAUGGGAAGCUUCCUCUGUGGAAGACUAGAAGCUGUAAAUAGCACAAUAGAAGGAUCGGAACAGAACCAGUGAACUUUUUGCACUAGCAAUGGAAGUACUUCUUCUUUCGUUCGACACCAUAAAAAGAUGGGAGUUUACUCAAGAACAGAACAGUAAAGGACCGUUGCUUAGCAAAAAUUAAGAUAUUAUUAGGUCGGCGCGAAGAUGAAAGCAAUUGUUUGUAGCAUAAGUUAAUUUAUUAACCAACGAUUAGGUUUUGAUUGUUUUCUAGGGUUUAGUUAUCUGUAAGAUACCAACCAACACACAAGUAUAGACCUGUGCACUCCAACCACGCACACACACUUACACCCGUCGAAAGCUGUAUUAUUAUUAUUGUAAUGUUUAGCAAAGCAAUAAACUAAUUGUGACUUUAAGUGAAAA